AUGAGGUGGACCGUAUGGGAUCGGUGGUCUAUCAAGGGAGACAUCACAGUUGCAGAGCUCCUGAAGUGGUUAAGCGACAAGGGCCUGAGUGCAUACAGUGUCUCCUGCGGCACAUCGUUGCUCUACAACACAAUGUUCCCAAGGCACAAGGAUCGAUUGAGCAGGAAGAUCGCAGAUGUUGCCAAGGAGGUGGCAAAGGUGGACAUUCCAGAAUACAGGAAGCAUCUGGAUGUCGUCGUUGCUUGUGAGGAUGACAACGGGAACGAUGUUGACAUCCCUCUUAUCUCCAUUUACUUCCGGUAG